CCAUUUCAGUGUGCUUUGUGCCCUCAACGUUUCACCGACAAAUCUACAAUGAAGAUUCAUGUGCGCACCCACACAGGCGAGAGGCCAUUUCAGUGUGCUUUGUGCCCUCAACGUUUCACCGAAAAAUCUACACUGAAGAAUCAUGUGCGCACCCACACAGGCGAGAGGCCAUUUCAGUGCGCUUUGUGCCCUCAACGUUUCACCGACAAAUCUACACUGAAGAAUCAUGUGCGCACCCACACAGGCGAGAGGCCAUAUCAGUGCCCUUCAUGCCCUCAGAGCUUCUCACGAAAUUCUACACUGAAGGAUCACCUGCGCACCCACACAGGCGAGAGGCCAUUUCAGUGCCCUGCAUGCCCUCAUAGCUGCUCACGAAAGAGUCAUCUGAACGAACACCUGCGCACCCACACAGGCGCGAGGCCAUUUCAGUGUGCUUUGUGCCCUCAGAGUUUCUCAGACAGGUCUACAUUGAAGAGUCAUGUGUUCAUCCACACAGGCGAGAGGCCAUAUCAGUGCCCUUCAUGCCCUCGGAGCUUCUCACGCAAGUCCACACUGAAGAAUCACGAGCGCAUCCACACAUGCAAGAGGUGAUUUCAUUGUCCUGCAUGAUCUCCAAGCUUCUCCCCAAAGAGUACUUUGAAUGACACCCACACAGGCAAUAAACCACUUCGUUGCCCUUCAUGCCCUCGAAGCUUCUCGAAAAAGUCUACUAAAUAAAGGCUCACCUGCGCAUCCACAAUUGUGAGAGGCUGUUUCAGUGGUUUUCAUACUUUCACAAAGCUCGGUAAUGUUCAUGUCGCCUAGCCAGUGCACACGAGAGAUUGUUGAAGCAGAAAAAAAUUCAAUGUUCACAGUGUUUAUGUGUAAAGGUCACGGUGCGCCUUUGGCAAAAAAAGUUGACUUUCCCAAGUACACUUGCUGCAGAGUAGUGCUGAGUUGUGAGACUUCUCAUUAUUUGCUCGUUUUGCUGUUUUUCUUAGUUUUUUCAUAAAACCUCAGUUUAUAUUUUCAUAAUAUUAUUAUUGAUAUUGUUAUUUCUCUUAAACCUUUAACAGCCACUACCGAGAUAACUCGUGAAACCACCCUCGCGCACCCCCUGCUACUCCCAAGUAUACUCGUGUUGCUUUUUAAUCUCACUCCCGAGACAACUCAUGCAAAAAAAAAUUGCGUUCAUGUCCCGCCAGCUAUGAAGAGGUCACCUAAAGACAUAGAACUUGUAAAUAAAAUUUUAGACAACAGGUAGAGCGCAUGUGUUUACACCCG